AGAACCAGUCAGUUCGAUUCCCGUGAAGGCGACGAUGUCAGCGGCGGUGGAGAGCGCGCGCGCGGCGGUCAACGGGCGCGUGAACGGGCACCGGCCCGCUUCCGGCGCCGCACCCGCAGUGCCCUGGGAGGACCAGUUCCUGCCCACACCACUACGGCUUGAUGACAAGAUACGCACACAGAAGAUCGAGUCCCGGCUGCAGGCGCUGGUGCUGUGCGGCGGCGUGCUGCGGCGCGUGGGCGACGUGUUCGAGGCGGAGCUGGAGCGCGGCCUGCGCGAGCAGCCCUCCAGCCUGCAGAUGGAGAACACCUACGUGCCCGAGCUGCCCGACGGCACCGAGGAGGGCGUGUUCCUGGCGCUGGACCUCGGCGGCACCAACUUCCGCGUGCUGCUGCUGGAGCUGCGCGCCGGCCAGCUGGUGCGCCAGCACGUCAAGCAGUACCACAUCAACAACGCGUUGCGGCUCGGCACUGGCGACGAGCUAUUCAACUUCCUGGCUGACUGCGUGCAGGACUUCGUGCACGAGCUCGGCAUGGAGGACCAGGAGUUCUCACUAGGGUUCACAUUCUCGUUCCCGAUGAAGCAGCAUUCCAUUUCCUCGGGUGAGCUGAUCACGUGGACGAAGAGCUUCAAGUGCUCGGGCCUGGAGGGCGUGGACGUGGCGGCGCUGCUGGAGCGCUGCCUGCGCGCGCGCCGCCUGCGCAUCACCGUGCGCGUGCUGCUCAACGACACCACCGGGACGCUCGUCGCGGGAGCACACAUCGACCCUAACGUCGGGAUCGGUGUGAUCCUGGGCACGGGCUCGAACGGCUGCUACAUGGAGCGCGCGUCGCGCGUGCAGCACUGGGAGGCGGCGCACGAGCGCGUGCAGGACGUCUGCGUGGACGUGGAGUGGGGCGCCUUCGGGGACAACGGCUGCCUCGACUUCUUCCGCACGGAGUUCGACAAGGAGGUCGACGCCAACUCGCUGCUCGCCACCUCCUUCACGUUUGAGAAGUACAUCGGCGGCAAGUACCUGGGCUCCCUGCUGAGCGCGGCGCUGGGCGCGCUGGCUCGCGACCAGCUGUUCCCCGCCGAGCCCGAGCCCGACCAGCUGCAGACCGCGCAUCUCAGUCUCUUCGAAGAGGAGAACUGCGCGGGCGAGGUGGCGCAGACGCUGCGCGUGCUGCGCGAGGUGUGUCCGGGGGCGGCGCUGACGGCGCACGACGCGCUCGUCGCGCAGCACGUCGCGCAUCUCAUCUCCAACCGCGCCGCGCAGCUCGUGUCAGUCUGUAUCGCGACGUUAUUGCGGCGCAUGCGCAGGCCACACGUGGCGGUGGCGGUGGACGGCUCCGUGUACAAGCACCACCCGCGCAUCGCCGGCCUCAUGGACAAGUACAUCACGCUGCUCGCGCCGGACCACUCGUUCUCGUUGCUGGGCGCGGAGGACGGCAGCGGCAAGGGCUCUGCUCUGACGGCCGCCAUCGCCGCUCGUAUCGCAGCGCGGGACGCCGCCUAGCGCCACCUAGCGCCGCACUCAACAAACCUACUACAUUCCUCGCACAAGACGAGCUCCAUGAUAUUGUUUAUCGUUAUGUGAUGUUACGCUCAUUUAGAUAUUAGUGAUGGUUGCGUGUGUGUGUGUGUGUGACCGUCGUGUAUGACACGAAGAGAGCGCUAAGUUGUGGUCGAGGCAGCCGAUGUUGAUGUGCUCUCGUACGAGCUGAUCAUGAGCUGGACUUGGACCGGAAGUAGAAUGUGUGUGUGUGUGUGCGUGACCCUCGCCGGUCGAGGUCGUUGUGUAGUUGACGUUUGUUCCAAACGUUUCCUAGUUCGUUACGCGACUCGUAGCGUAGCGGACGUGUCUCGCGUACACACAGGUAUUGUUACUACAUCACAAACUUGCCAGUAAAGUAAUACUAUAGUUAUUAUGGGUGUAUAUUUUUGUAAGUGUGAAGCGAUCUGUAAGUUAAGUGAAUACAAUUAUAAGUUAGGCUAUAGAGCCGCGCCCAAGCGGGCCUGGCUCGCGGCAGAGUCGUGCCAUACUCACUGCAACUAAAACAUCCCACUGCGAGUUCAGUGUCCUUGUAUACAGGUGAACACCAUCGUCACCUCAGAUGACAGGUGGGGUGUGGGGGGGGGGAGUCCGUCGCAGUGUCAACAUAUCAUAGACUGUACAACAGAGCAUAAGUAAUAUGUGAAAUAAAUAGACUUGUGUAAAGAUUUUUAAAAAUAUUCUGUUUUAAAUAUAAUUAGUUUAAAUCUAGAAUUAUACGUAGAUACGCCUAUGUUAUUGUUUGUAGAUUUUUAUUAUGAGAAUAAAUAUAAUGAUUUUUUUCA